UGUUAAUGUGACAGAAUAAGGAUGGAAGGUCAAUUGAUAGGCGGGGCUUGUCUUCAGUUCAGAACCUAAUCCUGUCAGUUUUGUGUCCGCCAGUCAUGCACCGUGUACGGGUAGUGCUUGGGCACUUGCCGGGGGCCAGCCGAGGCCUGAGGGCGGAGAAUACGGCUGCAGCCACUGAUGCAUCUCAAGACAUAGUCAUAGUGCACGGCCGGAGGACAGCCAUCUGCAAGAGCAAGAGAGGGGGCUUUAAGGAUACCACUCCGGAUGAGCUGCUUGCUAGUGUUAUGACAGCAGUUCUUACGGAUGUCAAUUUAAGCCCUGAAAAGCUUGGUGAUAUCUGUGUUGGGAAUGUUUUACAACCUGGAGCUGGGGCGCUAGUUGCACGAAUUGCUCAGUUUUUUAGCGGUAUUCCAGAAACUGUACCGUUACACUGCGUAAACAGACAAUGUUCCUCUGGACUGCAGGCUAUCAUCAACAUCGCUGGUGGCAUCAGAAAUGGUUCUUAUGACAUUGGUUUGGCAUGUGGGGUUGAAUCCAUGAGUCUACGAAGCACAGGAAAUCCAGGGGACAUUAGUCCUCGCACUGUGGAUGUCAGCAAAGCAAGAGACUGCUUAAUCCCUAUGGGAAUUACUUCAGAAAAUGUGGCCGAAAGGUUUGGUAUCACCAGACAGAAACAAGACGAAUUUUCUUUGGCUUCACAAAAAAGAGCAGCAGCUGCCCAGCGAGCAGGUCGGUUCAGGAAUGAGAUUGUUCCAGUAACAACUACAGUUGUUGAUGACCAGGGCAACACAAAAUCCAUCACAGUGACAGAAGAUGAUGGUAUCCGAGCAAGCACCACCCUUGAGGGUCUUGCCAAACUCAAGCCAGCGUUCAAGGAAGAUGGGAGCACCACGGCUGGAAAUGCCAGUCAGGUCAGCGAUGGAGCUGCUGCAGUGUUAAUGGCGAAACGCUCCACAGCUGUGCAGCUCGGUCUCCCCAUCCUUGGCGUGUUGCGGUCAUUUGCUGUAGUUGGCGUUCCUCCUGAUGUUAUGGGCAUAGGGCCAGCAUAUGCAAUACCUGUGGCCCUAGAGAAGGCUGGUCUAACAGUACAUGAUAUUGAUGUAUAUGAAAUCAACGAAGCAUUUGCCAGCCAGGCUGUGUACUGCGUAGAGAAGUUGGGUAUUCCUCCUGAGAAGGUAAAUCCCAACGGAGGAGCUAUAGCGCUUGGUCAUCCCCUUGGCUGUACAGGAGCUCGCCAGACUGUGACUUUGCUAAAUGAACUCCAGCGACAGGGUAAAAGAGGCUAUGGCGUUGUAUCAAUGUGCAUUGGAACCGGAAUGGGAGCUGCUGCUGUAUUUGAAUACCCAGGGAAUUUAUGUUAAUAACAAUAGGAAUCUGUACCCAAUCCAGACCUUCUAGGAAAAGAGAAUAAAUGAGAAAUCUGCUGCUAAUUCUUUUCUUGUUACAAACUGUAAGAAUAUACUACAAUUGUCUUUCAAGCUGCCUUGUAAAUUCAACUAAUUCAUUUUACUUUUUUCCAUAAAAUGUAAAUUUCUCUAGAUUAAGGACUGAGACUGUCAUCUGUUUUAUACUAGUUGCUUGAUUACCAAGAGUUAAGCCUCUCUUGUGUUUUUUUUUUUUUAAUACUUUCUGAAACCUAUUUUACUGCUAUUAAUUAGCAAACUGUUCAUUAACUGAUAAAUACAACCUUGAACAUCUAAGAUAGCAUUGGUUUGUAUAUGAAGUUGUAUGUGAUGAUAUAUAAAUGCCUCUUUUAAAGAAUUAAUUUUGAUUGCAUACAAGAACAAAUUGCACUGUAGUAAUCUCCACAAAAACAAUUGUCCGCCAGGGUGUGUUAUGAAGUACAACGAACACACGAGGGUAAGAUGCUCAAGCCGUCUCAUGCUCUCCAACUGUGGCGUUCUUCUGUGUAGACACACGGUGGGAGUGUCGUUCACAUGCACACGGAUGAACCCCUGGAUAGGCCAAAUGUAACGUACAGCCACACAAGAUCCUGGCACUGAAGAUCCAACCACUGGUCGGAUAUUCAGUGCCAGGAUCUUGUGUCAAUGUGUGUUAUGAAGUAGCUGUGUGGGGGCAUUGUAAUAUUUUUCAAUGUUAUGUUAUAUUUUCUGUUAUUUCUAAAUGUUAGCGCUCAAAUUAACUACAUAAUUUAACAUACACCGGUUUAAUGAUAAUUUUUGCAACAAACGUUUGAAAAAUGUCUAAUUUUAGCUUAAUAUUGGCUUACAAUUAGCUGGGUGGUUGGUAAAAUUAGCUGCUCCUGGGGAGAACACUGCACUGUAAUUAUAUUUACAACUGAUCCGUCUAAAGUUUAUAAGAAACAUUCUAAUACUCUCUUUGUAACUUUUUUAACUCACAAAAGGUACACACAUUGAUAAAUAGCACUUAAAAAACAUUUUUUAUAACUUUAAUUUUCUUUACUUUAAUUAAAAAAAAAUGAUUGUUUGUACCAAAAUAAAGAAUGAAAUAGGUAA